UCGAUCGCCAUCUUGGAAAAUUUUAGAAGCACAGAAAAAGCACUGGAUGGAAAUUUAAUAUAUCAUAAAGAAAUUUUUAAUAAUUCACCAUGACUGCCCAUGACCAAAUGCGAGCUAUGCUCGACCAAUUAAUGGGUACAGCUAGGGAUGGGAGGUUUGUAAUGUUGGUUUCUCCAGACUUAUUUACAAAGGAGGUGAAGUGACCAAGGCGCGAAGGUGGACUUCAUAAAGAAAAGUUUGAUGGGCCUAGGGUAUGUAAGAGUUUCCUGUUGGGCUGCUGUCCGAAUGAUAUACUAGCAAGUACGAGAAUGGACCUGGGAGAAUGUUCAAGAAUUCAUGAAUUGGCAUUAAGAGCAGAUUAUGAACAGGCUGCAUUGACAAAGGAUUACUACUAUGACAUAGAUGCAAUGGAACAUUUACAGAACUUCAUAGCAGACUGUGACAGAAAGAUGGAAUUGGCUAAGAGAAGACUGAAGGAAACACAGGAAGAACUGAGUGAGGACGCCAAUAGCAAGGCUGAGAAGAUACAUCAGUUAGGAGAACAGAUUGGUAUAACUUUAGCCAAAGCUGAAGAAAUGGGUGCACAAGGUAAUGUGGAGGAAUCCCUCAUCUAUAUGCAAAAAGUUGAGGAACUAAAAGCUAAAAAGAAUGGUGAAGAGCAAGAGUAUAGAAAUCAAAUGCCAGCUUCUAGUUAUCAACAACAGAAACUUCGUGUAUGUGAGGUUUGUGGUGCUUAUCUUGGUAUCCAUGACAAUGACAGACGACUGGCAGAUCAUUUUGGCGGCAAACUUCAUCUAGGUUUUAUCAGUAUUCGUGAAAAACUAGCUGAUCUUCAGAAAUCUGUAGCAGAUAGGAGAAUUCAAAGAGAAAAGGAAAGGGAAGAAAUGAGAAAGAACCGUGAAGAAAGAGAUAAAGAAAGGGAAGAAAGUCGUAAAAAAAGAAGUAAAAGCCGUGAGCAUGAAAGAGAGAGGGAUAGAGAUCGAGAUCGCGAUAGGGAAAGAGAACGACGUCGUAGAUCAAGGAGUAAAAGCAGAAGGUCCCGAUCACGAUCUAGGGACAGGAAGAAGCAUUCAAGACGUUCCCGAUCCCGUUCCCGAAAUAGAAGAAGUAGACAUCGUUCAAGAUCUCGAGAUAGAAAGAGGCGAUCUAGAUCUCGCAGCCGAUCCAGUAAAAAAAGUAGGAGACGUUCAAGAAGUCGGUCUAAGAAAAGCUCAUCUCCCAAUAUUAAAGAAAAAAAAACUGACCCUGAAUUGGAGAAAGAAGCGGCAAUCGACAAUGGCAGUAUAGAAAAGGCGGAAUAAAAAUAUGUGUGCACAGUGCAACUCAUGAUUUCAACAGAUAAAACCAUCAGGCCUUUCUAUUUCCUCUCUAACUUAGGAAUGUUACAAUUCAAUUACUUUUUUAUUGUUUAUUUUAUUGAGGAGAUGAAAUGGUAUAGGGAUAUAUUGUAUGUUUAGGCUGUUUUAAUUUCUGUGCCCAGUAUUAAUUUUAAUUAUUGUACAAGAAUAAUGUUGUAAUUAUGAAAAUUAAAGCAGAGCUUGUAUGUACAUUUAGGAAAGAUUCUAGGUGGAAACCAAAUAAAAUUAUUAUUCAAGAA